CAGAAAUCGAGCGCUUUGUUUUCUGCUACCACUAGCGUUCAACAAUCCGUGAUGGGUUCCAAAAGAGGGACGCCCACCGGACUUAUUCACAGCCUUCGAACAGGAACCUUAGUCAGUGAGACUCCAGCGCAAGUCGCAGCAGGUCUGACAGCAGAGCACCUAGAAAAGGCAAGCGCUUUCUGGAAGAUUACAGGAUUAGGCCAUCCCGAGCUGUGCAACAACGACGUUUUUGAAGACAUGUUAUUCAUAGCACGAAAUCUAGAUCCUAUCAGGAUCUCCACCAACAUAGCCAUGGAACUCCUACAAAAUGCAGCAGAAAAACCGGAGAUGAAAUCACCGAGCGGAGCAAGGAAGAUCCUCCUGGCAGCCAUGCGGAGGUCACCGGUAGCAUUGGAACUCUUCCGGACCUGCAUGGAAAACUCCUUGAAUCAAGUAAAAGAGCAAACUGCUAGGUCGAUUCCUUCAUUCGUCCCGGCUCACCUCAAAAGACAGGUAGCAAGCUACUUGCACAAGGAAGGGAAGGCGGCUAAGGGAUCUCAACUCCGCCUGGUCGUCAGUGCCGAGCCCACGGUGCGUGCGCUCCUCUCCUACGCAUGCAGACAACUAAAGACCCGAACUGAGCAAGCUGGAGCUCUCGGGACAUUCACGGCUGGCGGACGAGAAUUGUCAGCGCUUGAUGUCUGUAGGCAAGCAUGGGACACCGCAAUUACGGCCGCUUUAGAGAAUCCAGAAGCAAUCGUCCUUAUUUCAGUGACAGACUUUUGUAACAUGUUCAGCACUAUGAUAUUCCAGCUUCUUCUGCGAGUAUUGCGCCUCUACAAGAUCCGACCUGAGCUAAUCCUGUUCAUCGCUGCCUCGAACGUAUCCAAGCAAGUCUUCACAUCCAACGGGCCGACGCUUGUCGCCUUACGCAAAUUCUCGCACCUGAUCAUAGGGACAAAUGAAGCAUGUGAGAUAGCGAUCGCAGCUUGCGCCCCCUACCUCGCUUUUCUGCACCGUGUGCUACUGGGUGUACGGGGGGCAAAGGAGCAGGGCAAGACGCCGCCCGUGUUUGUGCUCGACCAACCGACUCAGAAGGCAAGGGACUUAUUAGUCCGAUGGAGCAAGUACACGAUGGACGACGUAGUGGGAGAGGAUAAAUUCAAGUUACGCGAAUGUGACCUAGACUACUGGGAAGAAUAUCAUCUGCUCACAGCAGAGAUAAAGAGGACAGCGAACGAUCUUAAAUUCGUCAUGAGGAUUUGCGUGGACGACAUUUCUGUUCUCCUCACUACUACGCGAAACGAACUACGAGGAGAUUGCCCGUAUUUGCAAGCUUCUUCGCAUGCAGUGUGCCGGAUGGUGGAACUCUUAACAGACGAUCUCUCUUUGUUCUUCGAUGGGAAAAAGAAGUUCAAGCUAGUGAUGCUUACCAAAUUUGAAGAUCAAGAAAGAGACACUCUGGCGAACAAGGCACAGAGCCUAUACCGGGUUUUUGGAAUUGCGCCGCAAAUUGUUUAUGAAGCAACAAUAUGUGGAUUUCCCAUUAGAUAUGACCUAGCUGCUUCUAUGAAGGAUGCGAUCAACAAGAGGAUCGGCGCCUGCAAGUACUUGGCCAUGCGCGUGCGAGGUCUGCUCUCCAACGUAGUUUCAGGGACGGACCUAUUGGACAUUAUCCAACAACUCGCAUUCUCCCCAAUAGUGCACCUCUUUCCAGCAUUUGCGGACCGCGUGGAUCCUCUGGAAAAAGAAUUCAUGGAGGAAAAAAUCGCCGCUGCCAUGUUAUCAGAAUGCGGCUUUUCAAAUCAGGCGAUAAACCAGCUCCUAGCAGAACACGGGUCGGACAGAAAUGCAGAUUUGUUCUUCUCCGCCAUGACUGGCUUUCAGCGGCCAUCGAUCGCAGGUCCACGGGCGCGAGAUAACGCUUUGGUGAAUUGGAUGAGUGUCACAGGGGAUGAACAGAUGGUAGACCUGCUGAGGCUCACUAUCCAAGAGCUGACGCCGAUUGGAGAAACUCCCCCGGAGUUGCGAUCGUUCAAAUUGGCAAAGUCUCACACUAGUCGUUCCACAUACAACAGAUUGAUAGCCUCCAAUACCGCACCGCCGAGAAUGAUUUCUCCCUCUCAAGUAGAAUCAUGCGAUUUUUUGCUGGCGGUGAGCGGCGAAAGCGUAGUGGCCAAAUAUGUAGGUGCACAAGCGUCGCUAGCCGCCAGGUACGCAAUUCCCAUGUGGUGGACCGUCACACUCCCAGACGCGUCUUAUGUGGCUGCUGAACGCGCGAGAAACUCCAAAGUAACUCUGGCGAUUGCUAUGAUAAUUGAUAGAAUUUUGGAAGUGGCGCACAAGGAGAUCCAAGGGAAGACUUGUGUUGUGUACAAUUUUGGGUACCUGCCGCAGGUAGGUUCACUCGCAUACGAGGCAUUAUGGAGAGCCGCACACAGGCUCAAUAUACGCAGCGCCGAACUCGUCUUAGUACAGCAGAAACUUCCUGCUACCCACGCGCACAUCUUGUCGGCGAAAAAUUGUUGCAGUGUUACUAAGAAAUUCGACAUUUACGACCCGCAACUCUUGCGGAGGCUGCCAGAAGACGACGUAAGGGAGCAUAACCUAGAGGAAGGGGCUAACUCGUAUCCGGUCAUCUUGCGUGAAAUGAAAGAUCGAAUGAAGUGGAACCAACUAAGACAAAUCAUUGACAGGAAACUACUGCCGUCGGACGAAUGGGAUGAAGGUAAAGACGACGAUGUUCAAAUCGACCCGCCAGAAGAUUAUACUCUGACCAGCAGAGCAGACGAGGCACUCAAAGAGCAAGAUGCAGAAUUUGCGGAAGAAAUGAAGUCGAAGGUUCCAUCGCCGAAAGAUACGUCCUCAGAUUCGGAAUCCUCACUCGAUAUGUAACUCGAAGGAAAGGAUAAUGAUCAAACAUGAAUGAAUGACACCUCACAAGAUUCAGUCGCAAUAUAGCGCCUCAUCAGACUUCAAAUCUCUCUUCGGUACAUUACUGGCACGCGAGCAAGUAACUCCAACGGGAAAAAUGCAAAUGUGAAUGAACAAAAUAUCCGCUAAAGGCAGUCUGCACUGAACUUUGUCCUGGAUAGAUUUUGAUGUAUAGGGAUUCACUUGCAAUUCACGCGAGUAAUUGGGUCAACGACCAGUCUCUCAACAAUCCCGGCGCAUGUCACAGCAAUAAAUCAGUGAGCCCGAGCAUGAUUUUCUUCUUCUUCUGAUUUAUUAGAGCUCGCUCGCACUACACAAAGAAAAAAAAAAAAAAAAAGGAAACGAAGGCCACCUAUUGAAGUGAAAUGAACCAUUCCAUCUUACUCAACCAUUAGAUGAAAGAGGUUUCGAGAUCAUACGUCAUCCUAUGCAGACUGUAUGUUAGAUGUAGCAUAGAGACUUAAACCAAGAACAAAUGUUUUCCAUAUCUACGACCCUCGACACUCGCUUGCAAAAUACGCAGGUAGGUUUUGACUUAUCGGAACUCCCUCGCUCGCACUACAAAAAAAACGACUUGAAUUGAAUUGAAUUGAAUUGAAUCCACGACUCUUACAAGACACGAGACUGAAUUUGAAAGCACAUAUAACGGAAGACAUCUUACCUCUUCAUCAGAAAGAUGCCUCCCGGAAAAGAACCUGCAAUCUCUGCUGUCAGCUUGCGUGGCAGAGCCGUUCUUUGUGGGGAGAUAGAACCAGAAGCCAUGAAGAGCAGAAGUAGUGUUGACUCAAAUGCCUCUGGCAGCAGCAACGAUCAGCGAGAAUACCCAAUACUGGUUACAGUAGUCAAUGGAGAAGUAGGUGAUUUCUACAGUCUCAGCGGUAUGAUCUUCAACAACUGGCUAGAACAAGCUGCGCAAUCAAUAGCGGACAAGUUAAAGGAGAUGAUCCACCACACCUACACUUUCAACGAAAUUGAGGAAGUAGCUCAUCGAAUCAUCAACAUAUUGGAAAGGCAAAGAGGACGCCGUGGCAUCAGCAGUACACAGGAAGAGGAAAUUGCAGCAUUCGUAUACUACAAUUUACUAGGCGGAGUAGCACGACGUCAACACAUCAAACAUACGGAAUCGCACCUGUGGAGUAACGAAGUUGCCCUUACGGCUGCUCUGGUCAAGGUCAUAGCUCUAGCUGACCAUGAAGAAGGUCGAACUGACGAACCGACAAUGCGAUGGAAAGAACACCCGCUAGGAGGCAAUGCGAGGGGGUCGAACCACUUCCAGACUUUCCUGCAUACCCAAAAUGAAGUGGUCAUCCUUGCAGAAGCAGGCACUUGCGGCGCCUCGAACAACAGUGAAAAAGAAACAAGAAAGGAAAGUAUAUCGAAGUUAGGUGCGGAAAAGAAGAGAAAGAAGUCAAUCGAAGGUGAAGCUCUCUCACAAGCGCAAGAGAAGCAGCAAAAAGAUUUCCAAGCUAGCAGAAAAUUUAGAGCAAAUCUCUUGCUUCUACACGGACUUGCAUCCCCCAGACUUCGAAAUAGGCACCGGACGGUCACCAAACCAUCAAACGACGGCGCCGGCAACCUGGGCGAAAAUUAUUCGUCUUCGUGGGUGUUUGAUCUCAGAGUCACCAUAGAGUCCUUCCUUCAGCAAGUCAUUCCAUCAGCACGCAAAAUGACGACAUCCAAAAGUGCACCUGCUGAGUUGUCCAAUCCUGGAAAGAGCAAACCUACCAUGCACGAGGACAUGUUCGUCAUCGCAUUAGUUGCAAAGGAAGUAGCGGAAAGCGCGGAAAGCGUGUGGGGAGAGAAAGAGCCUACCAGAAAUCAGAAGCUUGCCAUAGCCGAGCUCACGAUACAAGAAUUCGUAACAAAUCUCUCUGGGAAGCCGCUCAUUUCUACUGAAGCAAGCAGAGUAUGGGACCAGCCGCAACUCAUGCAGGCCUGCGUGGUAGCAGCAGCAAAAUCUGCCGACCCUGCCGCCUACUGUCCGCCUUUACGCCGCAUCAAUAAGAUCAACGAAUCACCAGGUGACUCCUAUAGAGCAUUACUUGAAUACAGUGAAAAGCACUGCUAUCUUGAGGAAAUCCAGUCUGACGACGAGGACUUCUUCUUCCAGUCACUUUCACCUCCCAGAGGCCUAGUAAGAAGCAGACAAUCUGAAGCACGAAGUAGCCGUGAGCCGACGAUGCACAGAACAAAUAAGCUGGGAGAAGGACAAUCCACAGAUGGAUGCGACCCUCGGGAACCACUCUUGUUACCCAAGAACAGCAUCACAAGCAGAACGAGAGGAGUCAACACGGAGAAGGCACUCAAAUUCCGCAGAGUAGAAGAUCAAGGGGCCAUCAAGGCGCAAGGAAUCAUGAUACAAGGGAGCACCAACACGGCUUCAGCCUCCUCAUCUGUUGCAUCAACUCCAGCCAGCAAGCCUACCAGUCAACCAUUCACACGCAUUACACCAAAUCUCAACGCGAGUCGAUUCUUCGAAGGAGUGCACACGAUGGAAGAAGAACAGCAUAGUAGUGAAGAGCACAAGCAUAGACAUGAUAACGCGCGAAAAGAGAAGAAACAACGAGACAAGGAGACACACGAGCUCUUCUUCACCAGGGAGGAAACGUCAAACAACAGCGUGAUGGCAAAAGCGAAUGGGAAUCAAAGUGGUGACAUGGACAAACCGAGGACGACCAUAGUCAAGGGUAAGGUUUACGAAUCCGAUUCGGACACUUCAUCCAUGGAAGAUCUUCUUAUGCAAGCAGUCAACGAGUCGGGCGCAUAUGGCAAAAGAAGCAACAGUACUCAUCUCAUCGAUUUUCCCAAAAAGAGCAAGAAGAAAGGGGAUAACAGCAAGGAAGUAAUGAUGCCAAGAGAGGGUCGAAGCGGGACCCCGGAAGUACAUUCGCUCAGCCACAGUCGCAGAUAUAAGUCGAUCGUAGAUGAGAUGGCCUUGGAAAUCGAGCAGAAAUUCGAUUACGUCAUAUCCUUCAAAAUAGUACGAGUUCCUGAUAAUUCCUUCAGCAGUAGCAGAACAUCAUAUGCUCUAGCCGCGGCCAAAGGCAAAGUACUACAACUAGUGAUGGACAACGCAGAAAGCCAACUAACAAAGUCCGGGUGUAGAAGCACAAUACAUGCAAUAGUCGACGCUGCAGCGUUACAAAACGAAAGUGCUAAAUUUGAUGAAUUUCAGCUCAAAGCCCUGGCUACGCUCGCAAUCCGAAACUUCACUACCAGAAGCAAUCAGGAGGCUAGCAUGAUUAGAGGAGUCGGCGUAGGAAGUGGAAAAUCAGGCUGGACUAUUGAUGAACCUCUGCUUCAGGAUGACAUAGUGCGCGCAGCGAUCAUAGUAGAAGCAUUGCAGAAAAGUGAGACGGAGACGGUAACCAGAAACAAAAGCAUUCGUAUUCCAGAAAAUAAGGCAACAACAUACUUCUUCGAGCAAGAUCAGGAGUAUCAGGCGCUCUUAGUUAUCACUGGCAAUUGCGUAACAGCAAUCAAAGUGAUCCCAGCUGAGUUCAAUGCAGACCAGGUAAUAACAGCUACGCAUAUGAAAUACAAUGUUCGGCGAAAGCCGGCAGAAGAUAGCAGCACAGGGUCAGAGAUCCCAAUUGCAAUUCAACUGGAUAGCAGCGAAAGCGAAGCUGAUGAAAGCAACCUGCAUGGAGAGUCCGGACAUGGAACAAAUCUAGGCAUCUCCACCCUGAUGGACGGAAAAAUAGCUACCUACAAAACCAUAAAGCCGAACGAGAACCAGUGGACGACAUGUCUAAGCCGAUCCAUAGUGGCCGAACUACAAUAUUUAGUCCCGCCAGAAAUACGUCAAGAGGACAUCCAAGAGGUUGCAUCUAGAGCAACAAAAAUACUGGAGCAGCAAAGAGGAGAAGCUGCCACCACAUCCAUACAAAAUCAGGCCCUUAAGACAAUGCUAUCGGAGCAGUUCCUCCAAGGAUACGCACAUCCCAGAUACAUAAUGUACUGGCACAACCCAAUGUGGAGCGACGAUCUUCUCUUUGCAGCUGCAAUCAUCAAAACGAUAGAUGAAGCAGACGAGUCUACGAGUAACAAAGCAAGGUCUAUUGUACUACAACAGAUCGCCCCGCCAGGAAUCCCCAAGGGUGCAACCAGCUUUCAGCUGUUACUCGAGAGCGAGGGAGACGAAUUUAGGAUGAUGGUGGAAGAAGAGUUUGAAGUAGAAAGCGGAUUGCUGCGCCACCAGGCAAACGCACUCCCUAGCCCUCCAGCAGGAGAAACAGGAGACGCAGUAAGGAGUAAUCCUGCUCGACGACUAGCCGCACAAGCUCCAGAGGUUAAACAACACUUCGAAUCGGAAGCAGAUAGUAGUAGAAUGAGAAGGAGUGACCAAGAUGAAGAACAAGGGCAAGGAAACGCAGCGGCAGGAAACCAAGAAGAAGACUUGGCAGGAGUUUCCCAUGAAAAACGAACAAGGUCUACUCUAGAAACAAAUGAUGGACAGCAAGCUUCAAGAUGCUUCCCGCCGCGGAAUCAAAGGACUAACAAUUCUCCUGUGCCGCAUGGCAAGCAUGAACUUUGGGGGCACUCAAGGAACCCGCAAGAUGACGAAUCAUUACAUCUACCACUGCCGAACUGGUCUAACUCGCCUACAUACAAAGCAAUCAUCAAGGACAUCAAAUUCGAAAGACACGAUAUGUGUCACAACUCUCCUGCUGUAGCAGGUAGAGCGCCCCUUCUAGGUGACUUAAGACCAAGAAGUACAGCAGACGUACAGGAAUGGGCUGACCACAUGCCGCAUUCGCUUAAAGGAGAGCCCCUAGUUAGUCCGUACAACUUCAAAAUCAAGGAAGAGGAAGCAAAUCACGCACAAUACGGGGGUGGAUCGAAUGAAGAAAAGGGAACCGAGACAAAUAGCUUUCAAUUCAAAACCUAUCCCACGAUCAAACAAUGCAUGGAAGCGAACGAAGUGAAAGGGGCAUCGCUGAGGAGACUACGAGACGCAGAGGAUAGUAGUGAAGAAGCAUUCGAUUACGAACUCUACGAAUCAAUCCUUAAUCAGGAGCGAUGAGGCAUCCAGGUUACACGUCGCCCUGAUCGUGAAUCUCUUGGAAGGAGUGGACGACUUAGAACAAGCAUGGAUGGCCACUCUGGUGGCAGAUUACUGCUCAGGACUUGCAGUUCAAUUCCUUUACGAGCAAAUGCCAACAAUCCAACAAACGACUUCCUUCGUCGAAGUCAUUAAGGACAUCGUUACCCGCGAAGCAGUGGAGGAAGAAACAUCGGGCAUCGACGAUUCACAUAGCGAGAGAAUCAAAAGCAGCUUCUUCACGAAAUUAGGAACCAUCUGGCACCGAGAAGAAGAGGCAGUAAACAUCAUCAAGAAAGCGCUUAGUAACGAUGAGGCACCGCACAACGCUCAAGGCAAAUCAAGGGCAGCAGGAAAUCUCGUCAUCAGCAACAACAGGAACAAGGAAAUCAGCUGUAACAAGGUUUGUACCGCAAAAGAGCCACUGAGCAGCAUCCUGCUAGUACUCCCAGACAUAAGAUCGGAACGGCAUGCAGAUGAAAAUCGCAGCCAGCCAUCUACAGCAUACUACGAGAACAUGAUGAUCGACAAAGACGAAUAUAACCGUAUCGUCGACCUCGUGGAUGCUGCGCGAGAAGCCCACGGAGACAUCGUCGACUCGUUAACACAGACGUAUCGAAAGCGCAACUGGCGAAGACUACAUCCGAUAUUCAAAAUGAGAAAAACCAUUGAUGGUAAGCAGUAUAUUCCAGCCGACAAAUCAGCGCAGGCUUCUCAUCAACAAGAAAGGCGUGAUGAUACUCUUGGGGCUGCUCAUCAAGGAGAACAGGGCCCGCAAAACGGUUCGUGUCAAUUCGACUACAGUAGCAUCAGUUACAGCGACCAAGAAGAAAAUCUAAACGAAUCCGAUCAUCGAAUUGAAGCAGCGACCUCAUCCUGUCGACGCCAAACGGAUAAGUCGCUGAAAAGAAAGUAGUUGACCAAGGAGUAAAGAAGAAUGCUUCUGGGGAGAAAGAAAUGAAAAGUAGACAGAAGAAGUUCUUAUGCGGGUUCUACAAAGAGAACAAAGGCAAAAGGAGGGGCUGUAAUGUCAAAAUGAACUCUUAGAUGCGUAGAGAAAUGUAUCGAAGACAAGGGGGCCUCAAGCUAGGGUAAAGCCCAUGCGUCAGGUGUACGAUUACGGAAGUCAGGAAGAACCCGAGUAGAAGAAAAGGUAACCCCUCCUCACCAUGAGUCGGUCUUGAAGAAGAUAAGAAUAUUCAUCGUACAAGACAAGAAGACGGCUUCAUGAAUAAAUAUUCAAUUGUCUUACGCCUCCCAUAUCCCGUGCUAUCUAGUCAGAUGCGGUCUGGAUGUCUUUUCCGUAUCCUCAUGGACAUAAGAUGAUGGCACAAAAUCACAAGGAGAGAAAACUGGAGUGAAUCUGAUGCAAGGACCCGCAGAGGAGGCGUAGAGUUCAGUAGCAUCGAAAACGGAGCUCCAAUGAUGUGAACGAUGAGAGAAAGAGAGAAGAACGGAGCAUCCCUGCACGACGUUGCUUUUCUUCUUAAUGACUGUGCGAAAAUGAAUUGAAAGAACUUUAUUCGAUAUUCUUCCUUUCGACAUAGGGACCGCGCUAUUGAAUUGGAUUGAAAAAAGAAAAAAAGGGAGAAGAAAAACACAAAGAGGCUCCACAUAAUCCUCCGGACCGUGGCCACGAAAAUCGCCUGCCAUAUGGAAGCACGGUUGUUAGUGGUUUGUAUGUAAGUAAUCAUGUAUUCUUAGAGGACAAAAUGGGAUAAUGUGCGUGAGAAACAUGUGAGGUAACAAAAAAAAAAACAUAUGGGCGGCGCGAAGGGGUACAGAGGACGCGUGUCGGAAGUCCCCUCGCCACCGGCACAACUUUCGCCCACCGGGUUGACGAACGGCAAGGGAAUCCUACGAAUACCACCGGCAAUCUUGUCGCCUCCUAGCCAUUGGAGCCCCAGCCUUCACCGCGACAAGCAGCAUGGGAAAGGAAAGAAGAGCACAUGGAGCAAUUCCAAGAUAGGUGGAAAAGAGAAAGGACAUUUCUCACGUCGACACGACGGCAAAAAAGGCAGUCUGCAAGUAUUACCGCAAGCAUCCUGCACAUCCGCUAGUAGUAGCUGCUUGAUUACGCGACCAGAGUCGGAGUCUUCGUGUAGAAUCGGGGAAAGAAAGAGUGCAGAGGCGACGGUGAAGCUAGUUGCUAGGGCACAGGUAGAAACAACGACUCUCGCGCAUUCCGGAGACUUCAGGAGUCAGCAAUACAUCAUUACGCCCUCGCAAAAUGCAGCAGGCACGUACAACGCAUCGAAGCACAGGCCUCCCUCAGUAGAGACACUUUCUUCCUCGGCGGCAGCAGUGCGAUCGAAGGAAGCAGAUAAAGUAGAAGUAGAAGAUCCACGAUCAGGGGUGCAAAAGUCUCCUGAGUCAGGCAAAAAGCCGCCGCAAGGAACGACAGAACGAUCCCCGAUUAGUGAAGAUUUCGCCGAUAGAGACGAAAAAAUGUCAGACAGAGCAAGCCCCUCCAGAUCGAGGCGUGAGAACCCAUCUCACUCACCAUCUGCAGAGCAGUCUUCACAGAAGAGAGAGAGAGUGUAUCUUAACCGAAGAGAGGUAAAAGCUAAGAUUCUUUGUUCUUCUGAGAUGCACAUCAAUGCGCAUCAGCGUGUAGCAAUGUGAAUAAUGAGGGAUGAUAGGACUUCUGAAUGGAUGAAUACAGUUGAAAACAGCAAAAGCACUAAUUCACUCGACUCAUCACAAGAGAAACACCCUAUCUAUACAAUCCCCAAUAUAUCAGGAAACGCAACCUUUCGCUAGAGAGGGACUUUGCGAAUCCCAUCCACUCCCACUUGACAAUGACGGGAAUGCGAAACGCAAGCAGGUAGAGAAGGUAUCGAGAUUCAGAGAUAUCUUCAGGAAAAAGACGCUGAAUUGAUUUGAGUUGAAUUUUCUUCCCCCGGAUCCCUCAGGUCCAAUGAAUAGUACGAAGUAAGGUAGCAAGAGAAAAGAAGUCAUUAUAUCUUUACUCCUCACUGAUACACACAUUGAGACUCAGGAGGAGCAGGGGAUCAUGGAUGGUCGCACGGACAGAAGUAACAAAUGCAGGGACGAGGGAAGAGAAGAGAAUAUGCGGGAAGAAGUUGCCUUCAACGAACAAGCACCUCCAAAGAAGAAAGUGCGUUUCGUGAACACGCAAGCAGUUCUCAUGCCACCUUCUCAUGGAACAGGUAGACGAGAAGCAGCAAGACGCAUGGAAAGUAAAGCUGUGGUAGAGAAUAAAGCUGCGCAGGAGGACGAAUUCACCUCGGCGAUCACGAGCAGAGAAGAGGCCCAGCAUCUAGUAUCUCGGGACGGUGAACCAGGUAGUAGUGCUGGAGAAAUGAGGCACAAGAAAGUGGAAAGUCCACAGGAGCAACAGAACAAGAUACAAGGACAGCGGGAGACUUUGGUUCAUCUGCGGACGACCAAUAGCGACGGCACGGCCCGUAGGGCGCGAGAAGAGGGAAGCAAGCCAAACGAUCGUCCGCAGGCUGUCAGGAAGAUGGCAUCUUCAGGAUCAUCUUCAAAUAGCUCCUCCUCUACGACCUCAUCUAGCUCAAGCAUAGAAGAAAGGAUCAAAGGUAUGGAGGAUGCAGCAAAAACACAAGUCAGGAGCCCUAUGGAGAUGUCACGCGGUACGACCGGAGGUAAUAGUAGUAUACAUCAUCACCACAAGCUCAAUACGGAAAGUUCCAAAGUUAGCGAUAGACAGCAGGACAAGACGGUAAAGCAAGUAAGGGACAUCACAGGAAAGCAUAAUCAUUGGGAAACGAGAAGCACGUCUAGUGCUUCAAGAAGGAGUACGCUACAUCCAGCUAACGCGAUGUCGGAACGAAGCCAGCGUAAUCGGCACGAUAGCAGGACUCGGAAGUAUGACAGGAGGAGAUCAGAAGAGGAUCGACAACAUCAAUCACAACAUAGGAUGCCCACGAAUAGAAAAUACGACGAUAGAAGACAAGUGCGGAAUUUCGUGAAUAGGAACAGAUCGAGAAGUAGGAAUGAACGUAGGAGAAAUGACAGCAAGGCAAAUGAAUACAGGGACCGGAGUAAGGAGGAGCAGGACAAUAGCAAACGGACGAGGAAUAUGCAUCAUCAGACAAAAGAAGCAACAAGUAAUGGGAUGAAGUCAUCGAAGAAUAGUACAGACGAGCAGUUGCAGGAAUUCCAACUCAAUAAGAGUAGCAGUAGCACGACGCGUUUUCUUACAUACGUCCCCAGGCAAACACCCGAGAUGGAGAUAACGCAACAGGAAGUAGAGGCAUUAGGACCCAUAGAACACGACGACGCUGCACGGAAAGAAGAGCAGACUGGAAGUGUAAUGCAGUUUCCCAUCGACAGGAUCACUCCGGAGAUGGAAGGAGCACAGCAUUUAGCAGAUAUGGAAAUCAACUCAAUGGCAUCUGGCACAGGGCAGCAGAACAGGGAGCACCAAGGAAACCAAGAGAACAUCCCACUCCUCAACAUGCCGAUGACGACCCAGCCGAGCGUGGAGAGUAUGCACGCCAUACCUGGAAGGGCAUCGAGAAGGGGUCCUGAAGCUGCCAUCGGGGUGCGGCCAAGACCAGCACUCUUCGGAGGGGAUAAGGCCCUCGACACCCCGCUCAGCGGGAGGAAAUGGAACUUCUUUCCCAUCGACUUCUUCUGGUUGGUGAUUCACACCUUAGCACAUGGAAACUCUCUGAAAGCAUUAAUCCCUUACUUCAACGUCGGCAACCACAUCAAAGUAGUUUGCAGAGUAAGAUUAGGACCCGGUAGGACCACACAUACGAUUCAUCUACAACAUUUGAAUCAAAACACUUGUCGAGUGGAGAAUGAUGCAGAGGGACUGUUAGGAGCAAUGAUCACAGAAGUAAUCAAGAAAGUAGAACAUGAUGCACGUUUAUUCACCACGGCGCAGAUCAAGGCGCAUCCGACAUCGUUCAGUGAUGUAUGUGUGAAUACACCCAGACUACUACUAGGCAAAGAGUGGAAAGGGAAAGAUGGACGAGUCGCACAGUGCUUCGAGAAGGAAGCGUAUGGAUUGAGCAAUCUCUUCCACCCACCGCCGGAAUACGACCCUAAGAGGCUGUUGAGAUACGAACUCGCUGCUCUAGAGGUACGGGAUGCAGGAAGGCCGGUGAUCAUAGAGAUGGAGGAUGAUAAACAUGAGGAUCGGCCGCCGCAACUCCCUAUAGAAGACGCGCGUCAGCUACUGGCCUUGGAGAAUGGAAGCGUGCGCAAUCAAGUAGCGCCAUUUCCUCCGAUGAGCACCCCUUUUUGGGAUCUUCAACCUAGUGUAGCCAACAUACGGAACGCAGGCCCCGCAUCCUCCUCUUCCGCACUCAGCUUCAAUACAGGAUUAACAGGACAACAGCAAUUCUACAACACCUUCAGGACACCUGCAACAUCGUCGCACUUUCCCAGCAUCCUGGGAUGGAACGGCGCUGCAUCUCAAGCAACUAGUGUAUUCUCUCAUCCAAUGGCUUUAUCUGGGUAUUCCGAGAUGAAUAGUCUUGCACAUCGGAGCAACAUCAUGACAUUGACACAGCAACAUCGAUCAGCCAGUCAGAGCGACUUCGAAGGCAGGAAACGCAGGAAGGGCAAGAAGCAGCGUAGCACGAAAGUAGAUACCUCGGAUAGCGAAUCAAGCAGCUCAGCAGGAUCGAACAGUAGCGACGAAAGAGAGCAAAUCAGGAAGACGAAAUUGCUGCUCAGAAAGCUCGAGAAAGAUCGGAAAAAGCGCAAACAUCGAUGAAGAUGAGCUUGCGAGGAGAGACAUGAUGGCGCAAGGGACGACACUUUGUAUCAUUCCAAGAAAUUAAAAACCUCAUAAUUUAAAGACUAAAAAUAUGAACAUUACCAAGGAAAGAGAGUAUGUAGAUGCAUGAUAGAAUAGAGCAAAGUUAUUGGUCUGCACAGGUUGUCCAUUUGCCAUCACCGCGCAUUCGUUCCCAUGAGAGCAACGGGCAUUUCAAAAUUUCUUACACCUCAGUAGUAUUGAUAAAUCUGAGUCGACGAAGAAAUACAAGAAGAGACGAGGUCAUAAUGACGAAGCGAAUUCAUCGUGAAAUAAAGUACACGCAGCGAACACGGUCAUAUGGGCAGAGCAUGAGGAACUACGACGUCGAGGAGGAUGCACUGAAGAUCGCUCGAGAAGGUAGCAUGAAGGACAAGAACAAAGUCAGUGAGUGAAUUAGAAAAAGGAGCGAGAGAGAACCAAAAACAUAUUCCUCUAGGGGAUUGUCUAUUCCCUUUCCUCUUGAAGAAGGGUCAAAUCGAACUUCAAUUGGAACAACCCUUAUCAACUGGAUUCAACUGGAUUAAAGAGGCAUUACGCGGAAAAUGUGUCUCAGAUGAGUAGGAAGAGAGGCAUGUAAUCGCAGCACUCUGCUAUGCAGCGGCUCACUGGCACGAUGUGCGUGUGGAUAUGUGGCAGCUAUUACCUGUACGAGCAGAGGCGGGCAAGACACAGCGCAAGUGUGAUGCCGCUCUACGAAUGGACGCGUGUCUGGUUAAGAGUAGUGCGGAAACGUGUAUUAACAGCAUGGCAUGAGUUUCAAGGGAUAGCAGUUGAUAAUUUCGUAAAAUGUCAAGUAUACGACCGCAGUAGCGCAAUCUGGAUUUUACUCUUCAACCUAUUCUGCGAGAUAGAGGCCCGUGCAAUGACACGGGAUUUUUGGCAGAAAAUUAUGAGUGGAGCAGGUCAACACUUCGUGACAUCACGUACAAGGGAAUGCCGCUGGGGAUUUGACAUGUACGUGGAUGAUACGACCAGCACAACGUUUUCCCCUUGGAGCACCCUCAUCACGAAGCAGGUGCAGCAGAGUGUACUUCGAGCGAUUAGGAGCAACUAUCGUUCCUUGACCGCGAGGAUAGCACCUCGGGAGAGCGUGCGAGAGCCUGCGCAUGGACGAGCCGGGACUGACCUGACUAUCACGCAUGACACUCCAAUGGAAGGCAGGUUGAGAACGCACAAUAGAACGGCGAAUCGAUUAGCAGUAAGCAGGGACAACAGAGAGCGCAACUUCGCAAGGGGGAUCGGUAGAUGUACAAGGUUGGCAAACCCUUAGUGAAACGAAAGGAGAAAACAUUAUAUGAAAGAAAUCUUACCAAGGUAAAUCAAGCAUGAGGAAGGAGCACACAAAUAAUACGCCAUUCACGACAGAUCCAUCUACAAUCCUGAGGAAUCAAAACAAGAAGAAAAACAUGUGUUGCAACACCAACGGUUGAAGUUGGAUCCAUCUUUCCGAGACAAAUUCCCAUGUUAUAGGGAGUGAGCGUCGAUGGCUAAAAGGAGUCAACUUGCACUGCAAUGCUGCUUGUAUGACCGUGAUCGGGGUGUGCGUGUCGCGAUGCUGUUUUGUAAUAAAGGGACCCUAAAACAGGAUUGCGACCCGCAGCAAAAUGGUUAGGUAUUCAAAAAAACAGGAUUUUUAACAGCUUCAAUGAAAACCUGAACGAAGUAAAGGAAUAAGCAGCAGUAUUAGAAGGAUUCUCCAUUGUGGUUGAAUCGAAUAAAGCGCGGCCGAAUCAACAAAAUGGACCCCCAGCAAGCUGAAACGCAAUCGUGAUGGACUGGAAGGAGCGACUACGGAAGGUAAACCUGCGGAGGAAAGGUGUGCUAGAAAAGGACGAGCACGAACCUCAUGCAGGAAGAAGAAUCAGGCCGAAAGCGGUAGCUUCUCGCGCAAGAACGGAAAUCCGAAAUGAUUCGAGUGAUCCCGUGCAGCUAAGCGAGGACAAAGCCAUAGCGCCAUCGACAGCAGCUGGACCGAAGGACGGAAAAGUCGAGGAGGCACAAGAAGAGGCAGCUGACCCAAAAGGGAAACAAGGAUAUGGCUCUGACAAGUAUGCCAUGGACUUCAUUAGGAAAAAGCAUCCAGAUGUCGAUGAGUGGAAAAAGGAAGCUAGGGACGAAGUAGUACGGCAAGUCAUAGGACUGUCAAAGCAAAAGAAGAUGGAGCCAGGGCCGGCAUUUGACAGAGAGAUGGUGAAAACAGCUCACAGAGGAAGACCAGAGACGUGGGAUCCCAACGGAGUCAAGUAUACGCCAGGAAUGUUCCGGAACAUAGAAAUAGACAAUCACAUCAUUCAGAAACAGAUAGACGCACUGAAAGCAGAAGUAACGGAUAAAAAUCCCAAAGAAGGUGAAAGUGGUAGAUAAUGAGCACAUGGAUAUCUGUGAAAGCAGGUCACUAGUAAUGAAAAGAAGAGCGAAUAGAUAAACACGUGUGAAAGACAGCUGGAUACGAAGAGAAGGAGCACUAAAGUGUGAUUGUCUUAAAAGGCCAGCCCUGUUACAUCAAACUUCUCAUUGCCUUGGAAAGCACGAUCUGGAAUGAUAAUUCUUGGAUGAACAAUCGAAAAGAGGUAGCCCUUAGGAAGGUAAAGAAAGGAGGCAGUAAUAGAUCAUCGAAUCGAAAAAAUCGCAAAGAUCAUUAGGAGAUGAGCUUCCACGGUAGCGAAAAUGAUCCGAACAAGCAGAGCUGGGUCGAGGACUAGAUUAAAGGCGCAGACGCUCCAAUGAACAUCAAAUAAAAUCGAACCGAUUGAGAAGUAUUGAAAUAAGGAGACCAGGAGUGGUGAAGCAGAGGGUAGAUGCAGAAUAGGGCGGAACUAGAUGAGUGAAGAAAAGAUCUGAAUUGCAGGUAGGUAAGACAGAUAGGUAGGUAGAAAAAGAAAAAACAUGAUGGAUCUCGUGACACCGGUGAGUGGUGCGGAACGAAGAGCAAAGGAACAGGGGAGCAACAGCGGAGAUAGCUACAGGCAAAUGGAUGGAAUAACAAGUCCCUGCAAGUGUGCAAGACACGAUCGCAAAAGGACGUAGUGUAUAUGCAUGCUCGAGGGUAAGCAGCACGCAAAAAGAAGUCGAAGAGCAGAAAUCGGUUCAGAGAGAAAAACUUAUCACCAGUAAAAAUAAAACCCAAAAAUCAGCAAGUGCCGCAGCAUUGGGCCGUCUAGGACAUUGGUCGUGUCGAAAGUAUGGGCGAUGGUGACUUAAGAAGAUUAGCAUAGUUAGACAAGAGUACUAUUAACAUUGGAAAGGAGAGAUGGGUGCCCAAGAUCUUGCUAGUUGAAUGUUGCAAGUAACUUGGUGGUAGAUAGAGUAUAUAGAUAGCAGCGCCCCAGCUCCUUUUGUCACUGUCACUCGCGCUUUGGCUCGUGGAUCGGUGUUCUGGACGUAAAAGCACGCGUGCCAGCACGGAUACCCACACGCUCCAGUGAUGCCUCAAGUCGGACCUUUCUCGGAAGAAUAAGAGAUCGGGGGCUGUUGGUGUCAGACUCGGUUCCACAUGGUAGAUUCGUUUACCUGGUGUGCCGUUUUUUGUGGCUCUAGUCGACUACGCCCAGUGAUGGGGAGAUGGAGUCGCGCCAAUGAAUUGAAUUGAAUACUAUUGCUGAAGUACUAGUACAAGAAUUGAGGAAGAAUCUGUAUGAG